AUGGCACCUCCAAGCGGAGCAGCAUCAUACAAGAAGAAGGACGGCAUCUUGACGUUGAGCCAAGAUGAGGAAUCACUCACCUGGAGUCCUGCGGCGGCUGACAGUGUGGCCUUGACGAUUUAUGUGUCCAAAAUCACCAAUUUACAACAGACGCCUGCCACGGCCGCCAAGGUUAUGCUGAAGAUUUUUGCAUUAGCUGCAGACGCCCCACCAAAUAGUACACCGGACACCUAUACUUUCCAGUUCACGGCCGGGGUAGACGCACGCCCGCAGGCUGAUGCCAUUAAAGAUGCACUCAGCGCCCGAGUCAACGCGGCCAAGGCGGGGACACCGUCCGGCACGCCGACACCUGGAGGUAGCGGAGGAGGUCUAUCAGCGGCAAUGGCUAUCGCAAAUGCCGUCUCAUCGGGCGCCUCAACGAAGAACCCAUGGGACGACGACAAUCGCCUUAAAGGCGACGUGGAGCUCCAACAGUCGCUGUUGAAAGCAGACCCUGUGCUACAAAAGAUGUUCAUGGAAUCCAUGAAAACAAAACCCGAGAAGCUGACCUCCGGUCAGUUCAUGUCACAAUUCUGGUCUACUCGGCUUCACCUCCUACGAGCGCACGCGAUUGAACGAACCCAGACCCGUGGCUCUUACAACGUUUUGUCUUCCCUGAAGCCACGCGUAGAAGACAAUGUGACCAGGUUGAAUAUUAGCAAAGAGCAAAUCCAACUCAUAUUUACGCAGCACCCACUUGUGAAGCGCGUGUAUGAUGAAAAUGUGCCCAAGCUUAGCGAGCAGCAGUUCUGGUCGCGGUUUUUCCAGAGUCGGCUGUUCAAGAAGCUGCGCGGAGAGCGUAUUGGCGAAGCGGAUGCCACUGACGCCGUUCUGGACAAGUAUCUUCGGGACGAUACUUCGGAUGGAAAUCGCGACGCCAGUAUCCCGCAUUUCCUUGAUAUGGCGGCCAACGAAAGCCAUCAUAGUCAGCGCCGUGGAAACCGGCCGGACCUGGACAUGCGGCCCUCUGGGGUGGACAAGGUCCCAAUCAUUCGCACGCUGAAUAGCCUGAGUGAGAAAAUCAUGGCGAACGUCGCGCCAGCCGACGGGGACAUUAGUGCACCGAUUGGCAUGGAUGAGGAGGCAUAUAAGAAGCUUCAGUUGCGAGACCUUUGCGGAGACGAGGAACAAUCUCGCAUCACAUUAAACAUUCGCGAUCAAAACCGUUUCUUCUCGCAGGCCCAGGAGGAUGGUCAAAACAAGGAAUUCGCGCAACAAGACCCUGGUCUCAUUCUGAGGAAGCUCCGCGAAGAGAUUGCGCAUAAUCUUCCGCUCGGCGGCAGGGCUCCGCUACAGAAGCUUGUCGAUCCCGAGGAUGAUGAAGACGAGGAUAUGGAAGACGCACCCGCCAGUCAACGUCCAGUUGGAUCGUCUGCAGCUCUUCAUGAUGCAUUCUCUCAAAUCCUAGGGGCGGUGCGCGAGCGACGAACUCAGAUGAGCGAAUCCUCGGCCUCGGACACUUUCGGUCUCUCGGUAGCCAUCUACGAUCGAUUGACACUAACCCAUGCGACGUCAACCGAAUUCCUGCACCAAUUCUGGCAAGCCUUCCUUUCGGGCAAUCCGGAUCGAGCGGGGGAAGUCGCAUCACUCUCCGAGUCCCUUGAGCGUGCACUGGAUCGCAUUCAAGUCGUGGCAAAAGACGCAGAAGCAGAGCGACAGUUGGAGGUCGAAAAAAUCAAAAGCCACGCGCGGGAAGUCUAUCAAACGACGGGAAGAAAAAUCCGGGUCAACCUGGAUGUGGAGGGCGGUGCUCAAGUCGUGAAUCAAUUGCUUGGCCCUACGAUACGCGCUUUGCAACAGGCCUUGGACAAGUAUAACAAAGCUUUGAAGGAGGAGAUGGCGAAAGAGUCAGCCGCGAUGGCUAUGUAA